UUGGAGGGGGAAAGAGAGAGAGAGAGAGAGAACGGGAGCGAAAUGUGUUGCGAGAGACGUUCCUCCGGUGAACAUGGACUGAGGACUUUCAUGCUUCACGGACAAGAACGGAAAAGUGGGUAAAUAUUGCCGAGAGAGAGCGUAAGCGGAGGCAGUGUGAGUAUUGAUGAGUGCGGCCGACGCCUUUCUGGGCCCGGGCCGCCCCCGUCCGCAGCAGGCCUCGUCGCCCUCCCGCCUCCAGGACCCGUGGGUGCCCCGCACCGACGGAGGGGCGAGAGCAGCUUCCCGCUCGCCGUCGCCGUCAGCCGCCACCACCGCCCCCCGCAGCGUCUUCUUCGACACGAUCGCCUCCAACCGGGCCCGGAGGGGCGACGCGAGGCAGGCGUCUACGUCGGCGCACGGCGACCUUGGCGACGUGGUGCUCUUCCUGCAGGGCGCCGAGCAGACGUCGGGCACGAAGCUCGACCACAGGAAUACCAAGGCCGGGAGGAAACACACCCAGCGGCAAGCGCAGCAAAGGGACCAGCAAGAUCAGGAACUUGUGCAAAUUAAUCAACAAGUUCAGCAGCUGCUCCAGCAGCAACAGGCCCAGCAGCAGAAAAUUCAGCAGGAGGGAGCUAGGUACCAACAGCUUCAGAGACAAUAUCAGCAGAUAAGCACGCAGCUACAGAAGCAGACGCAGGUUUUCCAGACGUUACAGCAGCAGUAUUUAGAUUUCACUCAGCGGUAUCGCCAAAAGAGGCGGCAAACUCCUCAACAGCAAAGUCAGCAGCUGCAAUGGCAACAGUAUUAUCAAUAUAAAAUCAGCCACCAGCACCAGCAAGUACAGCAGAUAGGGCAACAACAGGCUCAGACACACCAGCAACUAGUGCAGCUCUACCAGCAAUUGCAGCAACAACAACAGGCACAACAGCAGCUACAGCAACAUUUGCAACAACAACUACAACGACAAGAGCAGCUCCAAAAGCAGCAAGAGCAGCGAGAGCAAGAGCAACGAGAACAAGAGCAACGAGAGCAAGAACAGCUGCAGCAGCUGCAGCCGCCGCAGAGGCCACGCUCCCGCUCGACCUCCCCGAAGCCCGACGCCGGCCAGCAGCGGGACGACGCCUCGUUCGACGCCAUCAACUCCCUCCUUCGUAAUGUGCUAGAGGCGGAGGACGAGGACGAGGAGGAAGAGGAGGACGAACACGACGUUGAUUUAGUGGAACUGUUAGAAGAGGAAGAAGAAGAGGAAGAGGACGACGAGGAGGAGGAAGACGAAGAGUCUCUGGCAGACCAAGAAGAUCUGAAAAACAAAGUCGAACAGUGUGCGGCGCAGAUCCGAUCCCUGAGCACAGACGACCUAGUAAGUAGUGACUUGGAAGUUGUGCCUCGCGUGCGCCGGGCUUCGCUGUGCCUCAGCAAAGGACCCUCACACCUGAACGUAGGGCCCUCCUUGACGCACCUAGGCCCAAGCGGCGUCCAAAAAGGUCCCGCCCACCUGAACAAAGGACCAGCGCGCCUCAACAAAGGGCCCAGGUACCUGAGCCGAGGGCCGAGUAAACUCAGCAAAGGGCCACAAGACCUGAACAUCGGGCCUGCUCGCCUGAACGUCGGCCCUUCGGACUUCCACAAGGGUCCUGCAGGAGAGUAUACCGGUCUUCCUACGCCUUACAAAGGGCUCUCCUCACUGGCCAAAGGUCCUUCCCAAAAGAUCCUGGGCCCGGCUAGUACGCGACGUUCAACGGAAGCCCUUCACUGAAGCUGAAGCGCCGUGGCCCUUUCAGCUCUUCUGCAGCCGCCGCUUUGUACUCUGAACGCGGGGACUCGUAUCCCGUCGUCACCGCUUUCCUUUCACAGGAGCUUUGCACGCGCGCUCUCUUAGUACUGUCUCUGCAUGUCUGUCAAAACUGCAACAUGAUAUUCAAUCCACGUAUUUAAGCCUCACGGACGUACGAAGGGCACCAAGAGAUUCACGGAUAAGAAUAAAUAGAUAAAGAAAAGAAAAAAAUGUUCACUUCGCUACGGUUUAUUUAUUAUCACAGCUAAUUUCAUAUACUGUUGGCGACGCUGCGGAGAUAAUAUCUAUUUUUACACGGAGGAAAGAUAGAUCAACGGACGUUAGCCAAGAUUUUUUUGUAUAUAUAGAAGUCUCUCCAAAUACAGGAGCUGCCUUAUUCAU